AAAAUCAGCUGCCAAUUUUAAAAAGCGUCACUCAAAGGAGGCGCAGUGUACUAAACUAAUACUGAAUUCAGUGAAUUGAGUGAAAUGAAAGUUCUCUUCUUCGCCAAAGCUUUUGCAGCAGAAAUCCCUUCCAUCACUCUCUAAAACCAAGCAAAUCAACCGAGUGCUGUUACUCCUCUUGCUAUGUCCUAACAACCCAAUCAGAAGGUUUUAAAUGUGGACGAUACAAACUGCCAAUACCUAUCAACCACAAUAUCGUCCACUCAAUUUCCGGGCGUUUUCACUCUCAAACCACCAAAAUUCCGUCGCCUUCCGCCCUUCUUCAGCCGGUUGUGACACUAAACUCAACCAGUUAAUUCAAUCUCUCUGUGAAAAGGGUCGGCUCAAACAAGCUCUUCAGCUCCUUCCUCAUGAGCCCAGUCCGACCCAGCGCACUUACGAGCUUCUCAUCCUCUCUUGCAGCCACCAACGUUCGCUACCCGACGCCCUCGAUGUUCACCGGAAACUUAUUGAUAAUGGGUUCGAUCAGGAUCCUUUCUUGGCCACGAAGCUCAUCAAUAUGUAUUGUGAAUUAGACUGUAUUGAUUAUGUCCGCAAGGUGUUCGAUGAAACUCUUAAGAAGACUAUUUAUGUGUGGAACGCUUUUUUUCGAGCCUUAACCUUAGCUGGUAAAGGUGAAGAAGUACUGGGUUUUUAUAGACGGAUGAAUCUGAUUGGAAUUCCAUCCGAUAGGUUCACGUAUACGUAUGUUCUCAAAGCAUGCGUGGCUGUAGAAUCAUUGACUUCGUUACUUCAAAAGGGGAAGGAAAUUCAUGCGCACAUUUUGCGGCAUGGGUAUGAGGACCAUGUCCAUAUCAUGACAACAUUAAUGGAUAUGUACGCAAGAUUCGGUUGUGUGGCCAGUGCAAGUAGUGUGUUCAACGGGAUGUCGUCGAAAAAUGUGGUCUCUUGGAGUGCUAUGAUAGCAUGUUAUGCAAAGAAUGGAAUGCCGCUUGAUGCAUUGGAACUUUUUCGGGAUCUCAUGCUUGAAAACACAGAUACAGUGCCCAAUUCAGUGACAAUGGUCAGUGUGCUUCAAGCUUGUGCCUCACUUGCAGCUUUAGAGCAAGGGAAACUGAUACAUGGUUACAUACUUAGGAAAGGUCUUGAUGACAUUUUACCGGUUAUGAGUGCCCUCAUAACUAUGUAUGCAAGAUGCGGCGAUCUUCAAAUGGGGCGACAUGUCUUUGCUCAGAUGGACCGGAAAGAUGUUGUUGCUUGGAAUUCCAUGAUUUCAGGUUAUGGUAUUCAUGGUUUUGGAAGAAAAGCUAUUGAGAUUUUUGAAGAGAUGAUAUCAAGUGGAGUCUCACCGAGCCCAAUCUCAUUUAUAAGCGUUUUGGGAGCCUGUAGUCAUUCUGGUCUUGUUGAGGAAGGAAAAUCUCUCUUUGAAUCUAUGGUAAGGGAAUAUAAAAUAACUCCUACCGUGGAGCACUAUGCUUGUAUGGUUGAUAUGCUUGGUAGAGCUAAUCAAUUAGAUGAAGCAGCCAAGAUAAUACAGGAAAUGCGGAUUGAGCCAGGACCCAAGGUCUGGGGUUCUCUUCUCGGAUCAUGUAGGAUCCAUAACAAUGUUGAACUCGCAGAAAGGGCAAGCAAGAGGCUUUUUGAGCUUGAACCUGCAAAUGCAGGCAAUUAUGUGCUCUUGGCUGAUAUUUAUGCGGAAGCUGAGAUGUGGAGUGAGGUAAAAAGAAUAAAGAAGCUACUAGAAGAUAGGGGCCUUCAAAAGGUAUCUGGCUGUUGCUGGAUUGAAGUUGGACGAAAGAUUUACUCGCUUACCUCAGUCGAUGAAUUUAAUCCGCAGAUUGAGCAGAUACACGCAUUGCUAAUAAGAUUGUUCGAGGAGAUGAAGGAGAAGGGGUAUGUACCAGAGACAAAAGUCGUUCUUUAUGAUCUUGAAGCAGAUGAGAAAGAGAGAAUUGUACUUGGUCACAGCGAGAAAUUAGCAGUUGCCUUUGGGCUAAUUAAUAACAGUAGAGGGGAGACCAUCAGGAUCACCAAGAACUUGAGGUUAUGUGAAGAUUGUCAUUCUUUUACGAAGUUCAUCUCCAAAUUUGCAGGUAGAGAAAUAUUAGUUCGAGACACAAAUCGGUUUCACCACUUUAAGGAUGGAGUUUGUUCAUGUGCUGAUUACUGGUGAAGCUGGAGUUUGUAAUGAACUCUUUCUUCUCAUCAUUCUGUUUUUCUGGCUCCUGAGUCCUGAGAGCUGAUACAAAAAAGAACUUUGUAAAAGUACAGUUUGGAGAAGGCUAAAACUAUACAUUAUAACUUUACUUCUUUUUUCUUUUUUCUUUUUUUUUUUUCCUUUUUUUCAUUUUUAAUGUAGAUUAGCUCCAAAACAUGACAAUUUCUCUAAAAUGCAAGAAUUGACUAAGAACAACAUUGUUGUUUAGUGUAUGCUACAUAGAAACUUUAAACGUUUGUGAAGUAUACCAUCUGCU